UUUGAGCUACUAAAAUUGUUCUAGGUGUGAAUGUGUGUGUGUGUUCUUGCCUUGAGAUGGACUAGCAAACUGUCCAGGGUGUUUCCUACCUUUUGCCUGGUGAAUUGUAUCCACCACAACCCUGAUUGAAUAAAGUAUUUGGUCAUUUUAUUCCAGGGGGUGCUAAUAUUUGUGGAGGGAACUGUACAAUGUUUUUUAUUUUUCUAAUUAAUUAUCAUGCUUUUUUUUUUAUUGUUAAAGUUUUAAUGUAAUCAUUUUUUUUAAGAUGGAGGAGUUAGUGAAAAGGAUGCUUUCUAUGGUUCUUCAAUCCAGAUCUCCAAUCGCCCUUUCACGACUACAGGAUGAAUAUAAACAAAUGACUGGUGAAACCAUACCACACAAACAGCUGGGUUAUACCACACUGGAUGAUAUGCUGUACAACAUGCCGUCUGUGGUGCAACUGGAGAAGUCCCGCUCUGGAGAGGUAAUUUGUAGGGCUGAAGUGGGCAAUAUGGCGGCUAACAUCACAAACCUAGUGGCUCGUCAGCAUGAAGCCAAGAAGACAGGCCGGCCUCAAAUGGUGAACUGCCAAAUAAGGGUCACACCCUAUGGACGGAUGGUAAUAAAUGCCCAGCCCAGGUCAUCACUGAGGCAACCUGAUCACAUAGGUUAUCAGGGUCGAGAUGGAUAUCAUGGACGGAGCAUGAGGGAGCCUCAGCCUGACAGGAGAGGCAGUAAAUCCAGCACUCCACCCAACACACCCAGUAGAAAAGGCAGCCUACCGUCUGACAGAACAGAUAAAAGGAUGACCCUGCCACCACGACUGCAAAAAGAGAUGCAUGCUCACCUAUCCAGAACCCCUCAACUGAGCAGUGCUUCCAACCUUAAUGAAAUUACACACUCAGCAAAAUCUAAUUCUCCUCCUUCAAGUCAUUACAGUCCCAAACUGGUGCAAUCUCGCCUGAAAGAGGUUCUGAGCAAGCACAGCAAUGGCUUCUGGGUGUCCAAGCUUCCACAAUUAUACACAGAGCUAUACAAGCAAGAGCUGCCUAGUGAAGCCUUGAAAGAUCUGGAAAAGUGGACGCAUAUCUGCACAGUUGAGAAACCAUGCAGUAGCAAACCUAACGAGCUACUGUUAUACCCUGCCAAAGAUCCCAUCCGAAUGACAACCCGCCCUACUCCUGCUGUGAACCUUCCAUCAAAGCGUCAAUCCUCCCAGAAGCCCUCCACCCAGAUGCAACAAGCUCCUGGAACAGCACCCACUUCUACCUCAUCAUUUACUGCUCUGCCUGAGGACCUCAAGCAAAAGCUAGCACAGCUACUUCUCAAAUACAGCAGUGGCGUGUGGUCUCACGCACUCCCUAAACUCUUCCAAGAUACCUACAAUACUAAGCUGCCUGACUUUGUACUUGACAACUUACACCUGCUGUCAGAUUUGUGCACCAUUGACUACCCAAUGCCGGACAACACCAAAAGGGCAAUCCUGUAUGUGAAGGUAAUGAAGGAUGAAAACUGCAAUCGGCCAAACUUGGAGGAUCAGAGGGCGAGAGAGGUGGCAGGAAGACGUCUCAGUACUCAUGCUGUACCACCUCUGCUUAUUCCCAUGGAGGAGUACCCUUCAGUGCUGGUGGUGGAAGCGAGCAACACCAAUAAUGUUGUCAUCAGAUAUAUAGGUCAGGAUUACUCCAAGGCCCAGGAAAAGCUGGAAGAUGAGAUGAAGGAAUUCUACAAAAAGGAAAACACCAGGACGCCACUAAACUCCCUUUCACCAGGCCAGUUAGCUGCAGUAGUUGGUGAGGAAGAGGACAUCCUCCGGGGACAAGUGUGUGAAGUUAAGUCUGAUAGUGUCAAGGUUUAUUUUGUGGAUCAUGGCGUGUCUGAGAUCAUCAGUAAAAACAAGCUUAUAGAGUUGCAUGAAAGAUUUUUUAAACUGCCUUUCCAAGCCACAAAGUGUAAAUUGGCCGGCCUCGAGGCAUUUUAUCAGAAGCCGACUGUGCUGCAAAAGUUGGACUCCAUGGCAAGUGGUAAAAUCCUACUGGCUGAGAUCUUAGAGCGAGAAGAAAUUCCACUGAUGGUGUUAUAUGAUACCUCUCAGGAAGAUGACAUUAAUAUUAAUGCUUCCUGUCUGAAAGCCAUACAGGACAAGUCUCUAGAGAGCCCUCUGCAGGUAAACAGCACCAACAUAAAUGUAAGUGUGACCAGUGUGUGUUCGGAUGGCACAUUCUCCUGCCAGCUACCCUCUCAAGGCCUGAUCAAACUCAAUGAGCUCCUACAGAAAAUAGAAAGCUAUUUUAUCUCAAAGGUACGAACACAGGUCCCCUCAGAGCCAUCCAGACCUUUCUGUGGAAAAUUCUGUUUGGUUCGCUACAAAGACAAAUGGUCUCGAGCUGAGAUAACUAACCUCCAUGGCAGUCGGGUACUAGACAUCCUGUAUGUGGAUCUUGGGGUACAGGCAUCAAUCGAGGUGUCUGAGCUGAAAGAAAUCCCACCUCCUUUCCUGCAUGACUUCAUCUCCAUCCCACCACAGGCAGUGAAAUGUUGUUUGACAGACUUGUCUCUGAGUGUGGGCUCCUGGACUCCAGAUGCAGUACAGUGGCUGAGAGACACAAUUCUGCAUCGCAGUGACAUCAGUUUGAAGAUUGCUAAAGUGGAAGAAAGCAAGCGUCUGGCCCAUGUGUACUUGUUUACUAGUAAAAACCAUGAACUUUUCCACAGCCUUAAUCACCAGCUUGCCAACUCCGAUCUCUGGAAGCGCCAGAAGGAUGUCUUUCUAAGCAACCAUAGACCUCUAAAGAACAUCAGCCCACCUACAGCCUCUAUCACUGGCCCUACACCCUUCACUUCCCCUAUAGUCUCUACUGACAACUCCAGCACUACCGGAGAGAGUAAGGCUCUAUACACACCCAGGAUGGAGUCAACCUAUAUGGUUUCCCACAGCACCCCGUAUGCCAGUCUUGCUCUGCCACCUGUCCUGGAGCUGCCCAAAGUGGGUCAGAAUAUAGAUAUUUAUGUGUCAGUAGCAUGCCACCCGGGACACUUUGUGCUACAGCCCUGGCAGGAUAUGUACCAGCUGGCGGUGUUAAUGGGAAAGAUGAUAUUGUACUAUAACAAGACAGAAGAAAAGCUGCUCAAGGUGGAGAACAACCAGGUGUACGCAGCCAAAGUGGAAAACAAUUGGCAUCGAGUGCUGGUGAAAGGUGUCCUGACCAAUGGACUGGUGUCUGUUUAUGAGCUCGACUAUGGCAAGCAUGAGUUGGUCAGCUGCGCUUUGCUGAGGCCCCUUAUCCAAGAGUUCCGCCAACUCCCCUUCCUGGGCAUCACUGCUCAGCUAGCAGGCGUGAAGGCCAGGCAGUGGUCUGAAGAGGCUUCCAUUGUGUUCAGGAACCACAUGGAGAAAAAGGCGCUGGUAGCCCGGGUUGAAUCAGUGCAGGAUGCAGCACAGCCAUGGGACCGUAAGCUUACCGUGUACCUGGUGGACACGUCUCAGGAGGACCGAGAUAUCUGGAUCCAUGACAUCAUGGCUGAGUUUACUGAUGAGCUCACCAAAGCAGCGUAACAGUUUUGCUCACGUUCACAGAUCUAGCCGUGCUUGUUACUCAUCUAGAGGUUGGAACUAAUGCAUUUGACACUAGAAAUCUAUGUGCUAUGACCAUUAAUUUAUACAUGGCAGGAAUUUUUCACCUCACAUUGCUCAAAUUGCUGUUGGAUGAUCACGUGUUGGCAUUCCUGACCUAAAUCUUAUGUUUUGGUUUUAAUAUUAUAUCAGCAAUUCUUUAUUCAAGCCCUUCUGUAACAAAUCCAAAACAUUAGUGUCCAGACUAAAAUCAUGACACCUGACCAGGGUGGAUGGUCUCUGGAUACCUGCUUUCCCUGUUUAUAAGUACCAUUCAGCUAAAGCUUGCUAUUUCUUUCAAAAAGACAUUUUCUCUGUGAAUAUAUUGAUUACUUUUUACUGUUCAGUAACAUAUUCAAGUCUGUUAUGUAAGGCAGUCAGGUGGUGCAAUGGUGAGCCCGUUACUGCUUGGAUCCAGGGAUCGAUUCCCUAGAAGCAUCUACAUAAAGACAUGCUUGGCUGUGUUUGGAGGGGCUGUGAUAGAUUGGUGUCCUGUUCAGGGUGAAUUGCUGCAUUGCGCCCAGUGAUUUUGGGAAAACUGGACCCGCCACGACGCUGUCCAAAUUUAAAUUGCUUUAGUACUUCUGUACACAUAUUUUUCCAUAAUGUUAGACGAACACAGCCACUCAACUCAGUAAACUACUCAGACUGUCAAAGCUGCCGCCUUCUGAAUCAUUUUAUCUUUAAUAGUCUUGGUUUAUUGUAUUUAGGCAUUUAAAUUGGGUUGCCAGGUGUCUAAUCUUUAAUCGGAAACCAAACAAAGUUUUCACUUUGUAGUCCAGGAACGUUUUGAACACAUCACUGAUUUCAACCUAAAUCAUUUUGAAAUAAUAAUGCAACAUUACAGUCAGUUUCUGGGUUAAACAUGUAAGUGAAGCACAUAAGACACCUAUUAUGUUGGGUGGAAUCUGGCAACAUAAUUCUCCAUUCUCCUUUAUCUGUAGUUAGGCCUGUUUUUAAACAAACAGCAUUUGCCAAGUAACUCCUAUUACACAAGCUGUGCUAUCUGUAACACGGCUAUAGACCUUCUAUAAUGCCCUGUGUGACAAAUCUAAUGUUAUUGAAGAAACAUGGUGAACUAAAUAGAAUUUUGUCUUUGUCAGUAAGUAUCCUAAAUUGAAAAGAAACAUAAAUGUUUCUUAUUUCAUUCAAAAACUUUAAAUUACUUAAACAUGGAACUAGAAUCUGUAGAAGUGACUGUACUUCUGUGCCUUUUUCUGUUGUCUUAUCAGGCGAUUCAUCAUUUACAAAAGGUUUUGUGAUCUUUAAGGACGUCAUUUGGGGUGACUUUCAUUUAAACCCGACUGUACAAUGUGAAUAAUAUUUAGCUGAGCAGUCUCAAGCGAGUCUGACUAAGUUGUUUACAGUGCUAGUGAAACAUUCCCUUUGCUCCAGCAAUGUGACCGAGCUCAAAAGGUAUCAAUUAUGGGUUUGGAGUUUUACUCAUUAUUUAUUUAGGAUUUCUUUAUAUUUUAUUUAUGCAGAUUGCAUGGGAUCUGUGGGCUGUUGCAGAAAUAUAACAGUAUAAAUUAAAUUUAUAGCACUGAUGUGGUUGAAUGGCAUUUCAUUAAGCUGAAUACUAAAUAUAGUAUGAUUUCACUGCACAUGUUGAUGGUUUAAAUUAAAUAAAGUUUUUAAAAGUGG